ACCGCUCCCGGAGGUGGCCGAUCCCAGAUCUUUGGCCAUACCAUGUCCUAUGAACCGUUGCUGCAGCACCUGGAUGCCUUUGCGUCCACUCUCGGUGCGGACAGCGACGACAGACGUGUCCUUGUCAUAAUUCGCGCCGGCCUCGUGGACAGCCUUUCACGGUACUGCAGUCUGGGCUCUCACGGGCUCAAUCGCUACGUUGGCGCGCCCGUCAGCCUCAUCACUUAUCGCCCUCUCUCGGGUACCCCUGCUGUAACGUCGACGACUGGCGAGUCUGGUGAGACGGGACAGGUGGAAGUGGAUCGCUCCUCAACAACAAAGGUGGCUUGCCGAUCAUUGACUGCCCCAGGCACCUUCUUAAAGAUCACAUGCCUAGGCCCCAGCCCUUUAGACUACCUGUGCGUUUCACCGCAUCUGCAACCAAUUCACGAUUGCCUGCAAGUUAAGAUCUUCCCUUUUCCCUGA